ACAUAUGUAAUAUAGUGAGUAUUACUAAAAAUAUAGGCGUUUGUUAUUGAUUUUACAAAUUUCAUCAUACUUACAGAAGCGUAAACUUACACGGCGCUUUGUCUGGAGUUCUAGUGACUAGUACAAAUAGCCUUUUCCUUACCCUGUGACCUUCAAAGUUCAAAAAGUAUAUCAGAAAGCUAUUCUUUCAUUCGUUGGUGUUUGUUCAGUUGAAAAACAUAUUUAUUACGUCAGUGUAAAUAAUUUGGCAGUGUUCUUGUUAUUAUUCACGUACGGUAGUUGCUGGCGAAUAGUCUUGUUUUGACCUUGAACUCACAACAGCUGGUACACAAUCUACUAACAUGGAUUCAUUCUUCAGCCUGUUUGAUCCCUCCGAUGGCCAAAAUAAACCAAAAAAGAGACAUAAAAAUGACCAAGAGAAAUGUAAUGAUGCUCCUAAAGGAAGACGCCGUGGUCGCCGCGGCCAGGGUAAAAACGAGACACUGCCAGAGGAAUCGUCUUUCCUCUGUGAGCCACAACUCAGCACCGAAAUCCUUGUCAAGGACUGCAGCUAUAUCGAAAACUAUAUUGAAGUUAAUAAUAAGGACGAAGAUUCUAAAGAAUCGGACAAAAAGCCGCGUAGGCGCAACUCGGGAAGGAAAUCUCGACGAAGGAAAAACAAAAUUUCACCCGGAAAAGAUCUCUUGCCCGGGAUGGCUUGGCAUGAGGAAGCUAAUUGUGCGGGCGAAACACCAAACCUGAACAACCAAUCAACGAAGCUAAAAACCACAGACGAAAAGCUCGGAAAGAUUGUCAAUAACCUUAAAAAUGUGAAAGAAGACAAGAGAGACGACUACGAAAGAGUCUAUAAUGUAAUUGAUAAGUUGGAGAAGGUCGGGAUCAAAGAUAAUAUGUAUUUGAGCGGAGACUUUGAUGACGAUAAAUGGGAGAGUGAUUUCUUCUAUAGCGAUGAUGAUGAAGAAUUCAGGGAUGAUAGUACCUCGGAUGCAGAUGACACAGGUGAUGAAUAUUUUGGAUGCCUCCCCCCAGAGCCAAGGUUUGGCAAUGUGGAGUACAAGCUGCAACUGGUGUCCCCUUGUGAGAGACGGUUUCAGCAUUUGGUCACCCAGUUAAAAUGGCGCCUUCGGUCGGGUGGUGGGACGGCCGUGUACGUCAUAGGGGUGAGGGACUGCGGGGCCCUGAAGGGACUGAGAGCGAACGCCUUGAGGGCCUCUCUGAGGGCGCUGAGAAGGAUGGCGAGCGCCAUCGGGGCGGUUUUAGUAUCGGUGCGAGCGAGACGGGUAGCGUCCAAUCGGGCAGUCGCCGAGGUUUAUAUACGGAAGUUGGCAGAUACUCAGCAAAGUGUAGAAUUGAGGGUAGCCGUGAUGGGUGCAAAUGAAGCCGGCAAAUCUACCCUCAUUGGAGUUUUAACUCAGGGUGAGUUGGACAACGGCCGGGGCAGCGCCCGACUGAACAUGUUCCGACAUCUGCACGAAGUGAAGAGCGGCAGGACCUCUUCGCUCAGCCACGAGAUUCUGGGGUUCGAUGCUCAGGGUAACGUGGUGAACUACGGGUGUUCGGAGCUGAUGACGGCCGAGCGCAUCGGGGAGAGGAGCGCGAAGCUAGUCUCGUUCUUGGACUUGGCUGGUCACAGCAAAUACCAGCGCACCACCGUGCACGGGCUCUCGGGCUAUUGUCCGCAUUACGCCAUGAUUGUGAUCUCCGCCACCGCGGGCAUAACGAGCAUUACGGAAGAGCACAUAGGACUGCUGCUCGCCCUCGAUAUGCCUUUCUUCGCUGUCAUCAGCAAGUGCGAGUUGGCCAAUGCCGCCGUGGGGCCGUUGGUCGACAAGUUGAGGGCUCUGCUGGUGAACGCCAAAAAGAAACCUCUAUUAAUCACUGAUGAGAAUUUGGCGCGAAAUUGUGUCGUGCCUCAGAAGUCAAUACUCGACACCAUAGACGAUACGGACCAGAGACAAGAUGAAGAGGAAGUGGAACAAAUUCCCGUGUUCCCCGUGAGUUGCGUCCGCGGCGUGGGUUUGAACGCCCUCCACGCGUACCUGCUGGCCUUGAGACCGCCCACGGAGGACUCCCAGCCCAGUUCUGUAGAUACGGAGAGUUGCGAGUUCCAAAUAGACGAGAUCUUUCACGUGGGGGAGUCGAGCGGGCCCGUGGUGGGGGGGCUCGUGGCCAGGGGGCGGCUUUUGGAGGGGGACGACCUCAUCAUAGGUCCAUUGGACACGGGUGAAUUCGUCGAAAUCUCUGUUAAGACCAUAUUCCGGAACCGCGUUCCCUGCGGUUCGGCCAGAGCGGGGCAAUCCGCGUCCCUGGGCCUCAGCCGGGAUCCGCCCAACCUUCGGCCCGGGAUGGUCCUUCUGACUCGGCCCGGCCGAUACCGAAGUGGGCAGAGGCCGGUGUGGGGGUGCACGGAGAAUUGUACGAAAUCGACGUCUCAAAUGGUACCAAAAACGCAGAACCAAGAGAAAAAUCGUAAGAACGUGAAGAGAAAAAACAAUUUCCUUCAAGAAGUGACCAAUUUACAAAAGAUCUUGACCAAAACGCUGCCGUUCGACAAAAACGUCAACGAAAUGGACAAAAGCGGCAUCGGCCAGGUGGAAGGCGUCGACGAGUUGUUCAGGGAGGAUUUCGACAAGUCGACGGGCGAGAGAGAGGAGAGCGGGAAAUGCGCCUGCGCAGGUCGGGUCUGGCUGGAAGACCCCAACGACCCGAGGGGCUGUUUGUAUUUCCAGGCGACGGUGCUCGUGAUCCGCCACUCCACGGCCAUUUAUCCGGGAUUUCAGUGCACGGUGCACGUCGGGAACGUUCGGCAGACGGCCAUCAUCGAGGGCAUCUUGGCCCCGAACAGUGUGGUCCGGGCCGGGGAGACGGCCCCCGUGGUCUUCCGUUUCGCCCGAUGCCCCGAGUACCUGCUCAGGGGACGGAGGCUGCUCUUCACUGCGGGGCUCGGAACCAGAGCUAUUGGACGGAUCACGCAAACCUUUCCCUACAUACCUUGAGCGAUUUAGUGAAAUUUUAGGGCAAAUCUGCUAAUGGGUUUCAAGUUUCAACCCAUAUCUGGUCCAUAUUUGGACCAAACUUGAUCCGAUAAGGAUGAAAUUUCACCAGAUUUCUGAUUCAGAUAAAUCUAUUAACCAACUUACAUUCUUUUAUAUCACAAUUUAGCAAUUAAUUGAAUGAACACAAAUUUUACCUAUUUACUAUGAAAUUUUACAAAAACUAGUAAUUAUAUAUUAAAACACUAAAACUUCACCCAACCUCACAUCUAGUUUCAAGAGUGAUUUUGUCUCAAAUAGACAAUGUUUGACAUAUUUGAUAAUGCUCAAGUGUGACUUGAGAUUUAUUUUUAAUAAAAAUUCUUAAAGAACUUAUUUUAAAUGGUUUUUACAUUAGUCUAAUCGUUUUGUCUAGUCUAAACAUUAUUUAAAGAAGCAUCAACUUGUUAUUAUGUACAAUUUCCCCAAUAAGGUAGACAAAUUUCUGCCACUUUUUCACUUUUGUGACCUUUUAGUCUUGUUUCUAUGUUUUGUUAGAAGGGUUCUUGGAGGGUUUUUUCCUGUAAAUUUUAGACAGCUUGUGUAGGAGGCAUUUGGAAUGACAACCGUGGCGAAGACAUUUAUCAAUCUCGCGAUUUAACUACAAAUAUAUUUAUUAAGAAAUUUUGCUCCCAGAGGCCAGAAUGAAGCGAUACAAAAUCUGAAAUUUUUAUUUGUUGAAUUUGUAGCGUUUGUUACGCUUAUUCGCUCAAACUGCUACUCGAUUUUGUAGAUAAGAAUAAAUAUUAUAUAUCGUUCAAUGUUUAGUUGUAAGAAAUACAUUUUAGUAGACUUCAGUUGAUGUAAUUGAACCACUGCUUAAGAAGGUCAGUAUUAGGAAUUGGUUCCUAUUUAUUUUGUCUUAAAGACUUCAAUCUAUUUAUUGUUGAAUUAAAUUAUGUUUUUGAGUUCAGUGACGUAUGUCCAGUGUGGUUUUGAUUAGGUAAAACAAAAUACCAAAAAAAUGGGGUUUAGAGUUGAAAUCAUGACGAAAAGCAGUCGCUUAUAAGAUUUGAUUUGUUU